AUGGCGACCGGCGACUGCCUUUCAGGGUAUUAUUAUAGGAGCGAUGGCUGUUAUCGAAGCGAUUGGUACAUUUGGGGACGUUGGGUUGUCCUAGUCGCUAUUGCUGUACUCGUUUUCACUGGCAUCGCUCUUUUCACAUUUAUCGCCCGCCGCCGUCGCAACAGAGGGCUGAGCCCGUAUUACGGCACUGGCUGGAUGGCGCCUCAAAGGCAAACACCUCAGCCUCGAAAUGGAGAUAAUGUAGAAAUGCAUAAUCCACAGAGACGAGCCAACUCCGAGACACUGGACAACCCGCCUCCGGUAUAUGACCCGCAACGCCUGCCUCAAUACGAAAACACAGCCACAACCACGAUACCCAACCUCGGUCAGGACAAGCCUGAAAACCAGCAAAUUCGCCCUUAG